GAAGAAGCUCUGCCCGGUAAGAAUGCCAUGCUAUGUCAACAAUCAACAGCGGGGAUGGCCGACUUGAUCGUCGUAUCGUAGUAUGUACACAAUCAUAUCUUUCAACUAAUUUAGUAGGGCCUCACUCUGAUUUCAACACCUCGCUAGCCAGCCAGCCAGCCAGGAGUGAACUAUGAAUUCACUGCACGAAAUCUUGUACUGACUUGUUCCCAGAGUCUUCCCUGUAGUAUCCAUUUCAUCACGUACUUAUAGGACAGAGAUCUCCUCAGAGAAGCAGAUACAAAGGUUUGCACUCCUCUCACAACGAUCACUGUCUCACAAAGUUCAGCACUCUCUUCUUUCUUCUUCCAGGCGAAAAAACAGAUAGUAGAAAGCGCACUGCUGACAGUCGAGACCGAAUCCGCUCAGCAUCGCACGGAAAUUUAUUAGAACUUAACGAUUUUUGACAGAUUAGAGCUUACAGCAGAUACUACUGUCACAAUGGGCGGAUCGAUGAAGAUGACGGCUCUGUCCGUGAUGCUGCUGAUGUGCUUUGCAGUAAGAGCUACGGAUGCGCAAGCAGGCAUAGUCAGAACGGUGGUAGCCAAAAAGUUCAUCACCUCCAGCGUAUCCAGGUUUGGGUUGGGGAUAGAAGGUAUGGCCGUGGACCAGGUGGGCAAUGUCUAUGCAGUUGGCUUUGCGGGAGACGGAACAUCGGGCAUCGGCUCGGUUGCAAAUGCUCGAGCCCAGCUCGAACAAAACCUGUUGGUCAAGGACCAGACGGCCAGUUCGUCGUUCAAUGGGCUCAGAUUCCUACCACUCUCGCCUUCCCUGUCAACGAAUUUCGACCUCCGCGCUCUGGCGGCGGACGUGAAGUCGCAUAGCGUGGUUCAGUUCCUCAGGUCCAAACGAGACGGCAGAACUCGAGGCAGCCCGUUCUGUCAGAACUCGAGCAUGAUCCAGCCGAACGACAUCGCCGUGGCUGUGAAGAGCGGGAGAAUUUACAUGACCGGCGGGGCGUAUUCCAAUGUGAACACCGUCGUGGGGCACGGAGAUCUGUGGAUGUGCGAGGGCAGAUCUUCCUUCACCAACACGUCGAGGGAACUUGAUCUGGAGCCUGUGGAGGCCAAGCUGCUGGGACUCUUCGGUCUCACGAACGGAAUCGAGGUGUCUCCCGACGAGAAGACGCUGUAUCUGACCGAGUCCUUCCACAAGUUCGGCGAGCCCUAUUCGAACUUCAUCUGGAAAUUCGACAUCGACCAGAAGACAGGCCUCGUCGACAACAAAACUCUUCUGGUCGAUUUCCAGAAGCUCGAUGGCUCGGGCCACGUUGACCUCGAUGGCAUGCGCUGCGAUGUCCACGGCAACUUGUUCGUCACCAAGAACGGCAUGAAUGGCGAGACUGUGAAAAUCUCCCCCACCGGCGAGCUACUGCUGCGGAUCAAGCUUCCUGGGCUGUACGAGACCACCAAUGUAGAAUUCGGCGGCCCCGACGGCAAAACGCUGUACAUGUCCGGCAAGUGCAUCGACAAUCCAGACUUGGGCUGCGUCGAUAUGUGGGACGGAAACCCCGCGCCAGGCGCAGCUUGGGCCCUCUCCGCUCUUCAUCACUGAUGGACUGCGAGAUCCAGCUCGCCUCGUGCUACGUCGGUGCCACCAUCCGAGACUUAAGUCUAAUCCCCCACACAUCGAGUCCAUCCGACUCUCUACCGAACUGAAAGCUCAGAUUUUGUGAUCUGGCAAACCAUCCGAUCCAAGACUCAUUCUUUCCUAGUUCCUAAUCUCGAUCUCAUUCAGGCCUUCAUCAGAGACCGAUCCAUCGUGUGAGAUUUGGUAAUGUAGAUUCUUCCCAUCAGUCAGGUUGUGCCCAAUGAAUUCACACCUCAGGAAUUCUGGGAACGAGAGUAUAUAGUGUCCUUCUGUGACAAGCCUAUGUCAUCAGGUUGAACCAUACCUGUGGCAUAAAAUACCAUCGAUCAUUAAAGAUCAUCUGCCGGUACCAUAUGUAUUAUUAGAAUCCGCAUAGACGAGAGUCUUGAGGUACAACACGAUUAGACAGACAGCACAGUAACGUAGUGAUCUUCCAAAAUUCUCAUGGUCCUCAUUAAUUCGUUUUAAGUAGGGUCGGAGAACAUUUCUCCUUGAAAGUAGUAUUGAUUAGCCGACAAGUAGCUUUGUUGGAGGUAGUGAUCUUCCAGAUUUCUCAUGGUCCUCAUUCAUUCGUUUUAAGUAGGGUCGGAGAACAUUUCUCCUUGAAAGUAGUAUUGAUUAGCCGACAAGUAGCUUUGUUGGAGGU